AUGGCAAUAUCAUCUGCUACUCUUUCUCAUCACCCUUCUCUCUACGUUGGUGAACCCAUCAAAAUUUUAUAUGAUCCGGAGGAAGAUUCCGAUGCAACAACUAGUGAAAAAUUUGAUGAAAAAUUUAAUAAUACAAUUGAUUGUUUACAGCACAUUCAUAAAAAUAAAACAAAAAGGUUUAGUAUUACAAUGAUAUUACGUAUGAUUGAAAAAGAAAAACAACUUCGACCAUUUAUUCGUUCAUUACAAGAAUUAGUUCAUGUAAUAUCAAUGUAUAUUAUGUGUAAUAAUAUUGAAUAUUAUACCUCAUGGUUAAAUGAUUAUUCAAAAUUACAACCAAUAAUAAAAAUAGAAAAUGCAUUAGAUUUACAAUUAACUGAAAUUUUUACCGUUGAUUCUCAACAACAACUAGAAUAUCAUUCACAGCAAGCACAAUUACGAAAAAAAUCUGGUGAACAUGGAAUAGAAGCAAUGCAUUUACGUGAAGGACAAAAAUGUAUUCAACAAAUGCAAGAUAGAAAAGAAAGUUGUGUACAAUUUUUAAAAAGACGACAACGUGAUGAUGAAAGAAAAAUUCAAUUAUAUGAACGACAAAAAGACGCUUUGGCAAAACAAAGUGCUGAAUUAAUUCAACGAGAAGUUGUUGCAACGGUAGAUCAAAUACCAACACAAGCAACACCUUAA